AGUGUUCAAUGCAUCAACAACAUACAACAGCAAAGCUAGCUGCUCUGAAAAUCAAGAAUCCAUCAAGAUGGCACUAUCAAAUUGGUCUCCACAUGAUAUCUCUUCGCUAUGGUCUCACGCCUGUAAUCGACAGAGGCUCCACUGUCCUUCCCAGUGCAAUACAAGUAUUGUUGGGCAUAUGGGUGCUGGCGGUCUUUCAAUCAGCUGGGGUUCAGACUGUCGUUACUGGAAAUGCACUACCACACAGAUUGGUUGCCACUGUGUGACUUGCUACGAAUUAACCAACGUAUGCUGGCUACAAGUGGACGGAAGAUACGGCAUCCAUUGUCUGACUGAAGGUAUGCACUACGAGGUAAAGAUCGUGGUGAAGCUCUUGAGCUGCCUCUGCAUCACCGGACCGAUCACAUGCACCCUUGUCGAUCCUAACGGAUGCAAGCAAGUGUGCAGAAAGAACUGCAUGCAGAUGCCAAGAAACCAGAUCAUCUGCAUCAGUCUUGGCCAGUUCUGUGUGCGCAAGUCUUCUGGCUGUGGGGAAAUCCAGUUCUCAAUGGUUAACACUGAUAGCAACUGGAAGCGUGGGAUUGUUGUGAUUGGGGCUCUCAUUGUGCCCAAAUAUUGAGUCCAGCUGAUGAAUUCUAUGUAUUAUUCAUGAUUUUAUGUUUUUGAUAAAUGGUGGUUGUGAUUUUCUGUGAUUUGUGUUUGUGUCUUGUGAUAAGUUAUGAUUUUGGCCCCGGUUUACUUUGGUACUGGGUGUUCAUGUAAUAAACAUUGAAUUUGUUGGUGUCAAGAAAAUAAAAUUUGCGUUAUGUUUGAAA